AUGAUCAACGAUGAGGAAAUAUGCGCCCUUCUUUUGGAGGAUAUUCAUGAGCGUUUCCCGCUGCACGAGUCGGUUCUUGAGUCAGUUGGCUCCUGGCGUGUUGUGACAUGCAGCUUUGCGGGCGGCGCCAAGGGUUUUGUGCCGUACCCGGUGGUUGAGCAAAACGAGUUCACGUCGGCGUGCCUAAGGACUGUCGUGGAGGUGGUGGACGCACUACGGGGGAGAGGCUGCACGGAGGUUUUUCUGGUUUUUGUGGACAGCGGUGGGUCGCUUACGUUUUACCGUGCAAACACUCUGCGUGGUUGA